CUCCCUCCCUCCCUCCCUUUCCGAUGCUUCAGCAUGGCCCUAAAAGACCACUGUAUGUGCCCUUGCAAAAUAUCUUAACAAAAUCCCAGCACCAAAAUCCAAUAAUAAAAACCCAAUCUUUGUCUCAAGAAGGCACCAAUACCCCACAAAAUCCACCAAACCGAUUUUGUUCUGAAAAGAAGUAUGGGCACAUAUGUGACCUCCUUUUGUCACAAACACGCUCAAGGUCUCUUUUAAAGGGCCAACAAAUUCAUGCCCAUAUAAUAAAAUCUGGCCUACAAGUAAUCCCUCUCGUUUGCCAUUACCUUAUCAACUUUUAUUCGAAGACACAGCUGCCCCUUCUUUCCCGCCAAGUUUUCGAAGAGAGUGAAAGGAAAUCAUCGACUACUUGGAGCUCUGUUAUAUCCUCAUUUGCACAGAAUGAGGAACCAGCGCUUGCCAUUCAGUACUUUUGUCGGAUGAUUGGCGAAAAUCUAUGCCCUGAUGAUCAUAUCUUUCCCAGUGCUACUAAAGCGUGUGCGAUUUUGGGGAGAUGUGAUGUUGGGAAAUCUGUGCAUUGUCUGGUUAUUAAAACUGGGUAUGAUGUUGAUGUGUUUGUUGGGAGUUCUUUGGUUGAUAUGUAUGCUAAGUGUGGGGAUAUUAGGGACGCGAGGAAUGUGUUUGAUGAAAUGCCGCAGAGGAAUGUGGUUUCUUGGAGUGGAAUGAUUUAUGGGUAUACUCAAUUGGGUGAACAUGAGGAGGCUAUGAGAUUGUUUAAAGAGGCUUUAUUAGAAGGUUUAGAUGUGAAUGAUUUUACGCUUUCAAGUGUAAUUAGGGUGUGUGGUAGUGCUACAUUGCUUGAACUUGGGAAGCAAAUACAUGGGUUGUGUUUCAAAACGAGUUACGAUUUGUCGGGUUUUGUAGGUAGUUCUUUGAUUUCCUUGUAUUCGAAGUGUGGUCUUAUUGAAGGAGCUUACAGGGUUUUUGAUGAGUUUCCUAUUAAGAAUCUUGGGAUGUGGAAUGCUAUGCUGAUCGCUUGUGCUCAACAUGCACAUACGAAGGAAGCAUUUGAUUUGUUUAAGAAGAUGGAAAAUGCUGGAAUGAGACCAAAUUUUAUUACCUUUUUAUGUGUGCUUUACGCUUGUAGUCAUGCAGGGUUAGUUGAAGAAGGAAAGAAAUAUUUUGCACUCAUGAAGAAGUAUGAGAUUGAGCCAGGGACCCAACAUUAUGCUUCUAUGGUGGACUUACUUGGCCGUGCUGGAAAAUUGCAGGAAGCACUUUCGGUUAUCAAGGGAAUGCCUACAGAACCAACAGAAUCUGUGUGGGGAGCUUUCAUAACAGGGUGUCGCAUUCAUGGGAACACUGACUUGGCAGCCUUUGCAGCUGAUAAAGUCUUUGAGUUGGGUGCUGUAAGUUCAGGUUUGCAUGUGAUGUUAUCAAAUGCUUAUGCAGCUGCUGGAAGGUAUGAGGAUGCAGCCAAAGCUAGAAAGAUGCUUAGGGACCGAGGGGUGAAGAAGGAAACUGGACUGAGUUGGAUUGAGGAGGGAAAUAGAGUUCACAAAUUUGCAGCAGGGGAUAGGUUUCAUGUCAGAAUGAAAGAAAUUUACCAGAAAUUGGAGGAGUUGGGAGAGGAAAUGGAGAGAGAUGGUUAUGUUGCAGACACAAGUUUUGUGCUGCGAGAGGUGGGUAGUGAAGAGAAAAACCAGACCAUUAGGUACCAUAGUGAAAGACUGGCCAUUGCAUUUGGGCUCAUUUCCAUCCCACUUGGCAGGCCAAUCAGGAUUAUGAAGAACUUGCGAGUUUGCGGUGAUUGUCAUAAUGCAAUCAAGUUUAUUUCCAAACUCUCUGGGAGAGUAAUCAUUGUGAGGGAUAACAACCGGUUCCAUCGUUUUGAAGAUGGAAAAUGCUCUUGUGCUGACUAUUGGUGACUGAAUU